ACCUGUUACCGAGUGAAUGAGCACAAUUUGGCGCUAUAUUUUGAUGUUACAAAUGAAAACAACAUAACGCAACUCGUCAGCCGAAAGAUUCCUGCACCGUCAUUUCGACAUACAUUGUUUACAGGAUAUGGACACUUUUGUGUCUAAACCCAAUGCCAACCACUGGCAAAAUGUGUUAUCCAUAUAUGGUGAGGUUUUCGCAGCCAAAGUUGGUCGAAUGAAGACGGACAAGGGGAAAGAGUUGCAGGACUUGGAUCAAUGGUACCAGGCUGUUCUCCCGACUUCUAUAGCUGACAGAGAUGAAAAACACGUCACACAUGAUGAACUGGUGAAGCUGAUGAAGUGGAAGUUAUUGAGGGGUAAGUUCCGACCUCGUCUUCAGCAGCUCGUGUCCUCCAAUACACCAGAUGAUGUGAUCAGCACCAGUAAGAAAGCAUUCCAAGUGUUGCCUGAUGUGUCUAGUGCUAUCAAGACCUUGUCCCUGCUGAAGGGGGUGGGCCCUGCUACAGCCUCAGCCAUACUGGCUGCAGGGAGCCCUGAGUACAGCCCCUUCAUGGCCGACGAGAGUAUGCUGGCCCUUCAGACGAAACCUCUGACCUACACACACAAUGCUUACCUUGUCUUCCUGGAGCAAGUGCAGGCAAUCUGCAAACAGCUGAAGGGUCAAGAUAAAGCCUUUCACUGGACCCCAAAGAAAGUGGAGUUGGUGUUGUGGACCUACCAUGUUGGGAAAGUACUCACACCUGAUACAAUAGAGAAAAGUUUCGUGUCAAAAACUCUGAAGAGAGAGAACAACAAUAAUGAAGAACACAAACCUAAAAAGAAAAAGAAGUGACUUGUUAUGAAUUAAGAAACCUAAAUAGACUGAGAUUACAUACCAUUUUCUUCAGUCUAUAUAUCUAGACCACAGACAGAAGUUGAGUACACACACAUUAUUUACUAUGUUUACAGGAGACCUAAGUACAGCAUGUAUCUGCUGACUAUCGUGGUAAAGAACAAUUGAAGGCAAACCUUCACUGUUAUUUAGUUACUGAAAGAAGUUACCUGCACUGAAUAUCUACUACCUAAUAGUUAUGAAGCUGAAACUGGGACGUUUCGGAGACAGAAUAUUUGCACAUCACCAAAUGUGGAGCCAACCAAUGUGAGGAACCCAUCGUACUUGUCAAGACUAUUUCAAGUUUUCAUGAUUAGAAAUCAGAUUAUGACUUUCAUUUUGGAGAUCUCCUAAACCCGGUCAAAUGAAAGGCGUUCUGACAGGAACUGGACAAUCCAUACCCUUGGAGAUCCGAGAUUUAUGGUCUACUGAUGUAGGAUAAGCCAUAUCCAGCAUACCUAAUCAACUAAAGGACUCGUAUCCGAGAAAGAGAAUCCAUGCCUAGUGAAAAUACACAUACAUUUUAAAACAA